UGGAGAUUUGCUUUUGGGACUCUUCCCUUCUUUCUUCCCGAUGCAGAUGUCCCCCAUCAUCCCUGAGGAGAUUCAGAGGCUCCUUGAAGAUACUGAAGGUUACCUGGCGGACGGGCUGCAGAAUGAGAACCUGAGCGCUAGAGCGAGAGACCAGAGAGAGGCGAUUCUGGUCGGCUUCCGGCAAGUUAAGACCAGGUACCACUUGGAAUUUCUGCCCCGAGGAGGGGAUCAGGCUGAUGCUUACUUCGGACAGGACAGCUUUGAUGACAACCAGAGCUGGAGUUUCGUCCCUUCCACUGUGUCAGAUGCGUCGCUUGCAUCGGAUUACCAGGAUGACGGAUCAGAGGACGGCAUACAGAAACCUGCUCAAGAGCUGGGGACAGUUUUGAAGCAAGGAUACUUGGAGAAGAGGUCCAGAGACCAUGGUUUCUUUGGCUCAGAGUGGCAGAAGCGAUGGUGUGUCCUCAACAAAAGGACCUUUCUGUACUAUGCAAAUGAAAAAAGCAAGCAACCGAAAGGGACUUUUCCCAUUGAGAGCUACAGUGCCCAACUGGCUUUCCACCUGCGCAAAGACUCCCGAAGAGAAUCCUGUUUCAAACUCAUGAGCCCCGGCAAACGCAGCUACGAGUUUACAGCUUCCAGUCCUGCAGAGGCUAAAGACUGGGUGGAUCAGAUCCAGUUUCUGUUAAAGGACAUGAGCUCCCUCACCAUCCCGUACGAUGAGGAGGAGGAGGAGGAGGAGGAGGAGGAAGAGGAAGAAGCUUACGAUGACAUCGACGGCUUUGGCUCGCCAAACGCGAAAUCCCACAAUAACAUCAACAUGGAGGAGGUGGCAGCGGCCAGUGGGGAGGAGGACGACGACAUCUAUGAGGUUCUACCAGAUGAGGAGCUUGACUCACCCGUCCUGGAGGACAGAGAAGACACUGGAAGUAAAGGGAAAACAGGCCUCCGCACAAGAGAUUAUGCAAACUACUACCAAGGCAUGUGGGACUGCAGCAGCAAUCAGCCGGAUGAGCUGUCUUUCCAGCGUGGGGAUAUCAUCUACAUCCUGAGCAAGGAGUACAACAUGUAUGGCUGGUGGAUCGGCGAACUGAACAGCGAGGUGGGGAUCGUCCCAAAGGAAUACCUCACAGCCGCCUACGAACUGGAGGAAAGAUGAUCCAAUGGACUCCCUGGUGCCUCUCUCCCCGACAUACUGGACAGC